AUGCACCUGGGAUACACACAGGUCGACGAAGACCACUGCAAGGAAAUGGCUGAUGGCAUCUCCAGGUUUCCUACGCUGGAAAAGGGCGAGUUUGUUUUCUUCAUGGAGAAGCAUGUGGAGUACGAGCUCGAAACCUUCAAGGACAUUUUCGAACGGUUUGAUGAAGAUGGCAGUGGUACACUAGAUGCAGAUGAACCGUGCGUCUUCCUCAUGUCCUUGGGCUUUACUCCGCUGCGAAGCAUUAUCCGAGAGUCCUUGGACCUGGUUGAUUUGGAUGGCAACGGCGUUCUGGAUUUUGAAGAGACAGUGAUCCUCAUGCACGUGUACAGGCAUUCUGAAGGCUUCACCAUCCAGGAGCUUCAAGAGCUGACAUCCGUCUUCAUUGAUCAACAACAACAGGGCAUGCAAACAGGGAAGGUCACCGACGAGAAGAGUCUUCCCGCAGAUCGGCUCUAUUCCUUGCUGCUUCAGUUCUUUGGGCCAAGAGCUGCGGACUUCAGCGUCGAGUUGCAACAGGAGCUCUCUUCGGCAGGCCGAAGGAAGAGCGUUGGCGCUGGUACCACGACCAGCCCGACCGGACCCCCCGCUUUAACCUUUCAAGAAGCGGUCCUUUGGGCCAGACGUUUUCGGGAGAAGAUGUUCACCAACUACAGAGAAGUCUUUGACAAGUAUGACGAUGACCAUUCCAAAAGCAUUGACAUGAGUGAAGUGAAAAACGUCAUCAAGGACUUGGGAUUCACCAUUCCGCAGAAGACGGUGGAUGAGCUUGUCUAUGAGGCUCGAGUGCGAGGCGAUAUUGUGCACACCAACAAUGAAGGCUUGGAUUACGACAGCUUUGUCCAUUUCAUGCAGAUCCUCAAUGAAACGGAUGGUUUUAACCGAGAGGAGAUAGCUCGAAUUGAGAAGACGUUCAAGAAGUUUGACAAGGACGACAGUGGAGACAUCAACUCCAUCGAGCUGAGCGACAUGUUGCGCGAGCUCGGUCAAUGCUCGCGCAUGGAGGAGGUCCGCAGCUUCUUGUCUGCGGUGGACAUCAAUGGCAACGGCGUUUUGGACAUCCGGGAGUUUAUCCGUUUCAUGCGGCUCUUCCGUGAGAAGCAGCUGGCAAGAGUAAAGAUGGUGUUCACAAAGAACGCAGACCAUUUCCAGAAUCCACCCGUCCUGCUGGGCCCAGAGGUGGAAAAUGCCAUCCUCCUGGUCCUUUCAGAAGAAGCAGUGGAGGUCGCGUUGGCUGAUGGUCAGACGUUCGAGAAUCAAAAAUCGUUGGAAUUCGACGAGUUUGUUCUGCAAAGUGCGAAUGUGAAAGCAGAAUGA